AUGGACCCCAAGGAGCGGAAGAAGAUCCAGUUUUCGGUGCCGGCUCCUCCCGGUCAGCUGGACCCCCGGGCGGUCGAAAUGAUCCGUCGGCGGAGGCCAACCCCAGCUUUGCUGUUCCAGUUGUCAGAAACUUCAUCCCCUGAAGAUGAAGCGUCCCCGUAUCAGAGAGCUUUGGGCGAAGGCUACCACCUUAAAAACAAAAGGAAUGCCCCCUGUGUCUACACACCCCCUUCUCUUAAAGCUAUGCAGCGCCUAGCACAGAGCCAUUUGGAAUCCAACAGUUCCUGGAUGGAAGAAGACUAUGCUGAGGAUGUCGAAGAAGAGGAAGAAGACGAAGAGGAGGAUGAGGAAGAGGCUCAGGACUCAGACGACACCGUCAGGGAGAUGCCGGGCCUGUGCCAGGCAGAAGGAUCUCAGGGGCAGAAACAGACGGGCUCAGGAACCAAGGCAGCCUUGCUGAGACAAUGCACAGUCUUGGAAAAUAAGCCCAAAGAAUCAGAGCAUCCCGUCUAUCCAGCUCUCUCCAAAUCGCAGAAACGGAAAGAUCACGUCGCGGAACUGAGUCAGUCCGGAUGGGAAGAGAGACCUCCUUGUGCCGCUGACCUGGAAACCCGCUCCUCCCCUCCCCCUAUCCGCACCACCACCUAA